CAAUAUCCCAUUAAAAAAACCUUCUUCAUAGUCCUUUCAACAUUUCCCCUAGCUCUUUCAAGUUUUCCUUCAUUACCAUGGCUUCAUCUAUAUCUGAAACAAUAACCACCGAAAUCCCAUCAUCGGAAAAAAACAAUAACGUUACGAUCACCGGAAAGAUAUACACAAGACUUCGUCUCGCUACGAAAUCUGAUUUGUCCCAUAUAUACCAAUUGUUUUACCAAAUCCAUGCAUACCAUAGCAACACUCAUUUAUACAAAGCUACCGAGUCCUCUUUAGGUAACUUGCUUUUUAAGGAAAAUCCUCUUCCCCUUUUCUACGGGCCAUCCGUACUAUUACUCGAAGUCUCCCCUACCCCUUUUACCGAACCUAAAAAUACCAAUGAAGAAGGGUUCAAGCCCGUCCUUACAACUUUCGAUCUUAAAUUCCCUGUAGUAGAAGGACAAGUUGAGGAGUUCCAAUCCAAAUAUGAUGACGGGAGCGAUAAAAGUGACGUUUACAUAGCGGGAUACGCUUUCUUUUACGCGAAUUAUUCGUGCUUCUAUGACAAGCCUGGAUUCUAUUUCGAGAGUCUUUACUUCAGAGAGAGUUAUAGAAAGUUAGGAAUGGGGAGAUUGUUGUUUGGAACUGUUGCGUCCAUUGCUGCCAACAAUGGUUUCGUUUCGGUAGAGGGAAUAGUAGCAGUUUGGAAUAAGAAAUCUUAUGAUUUUUACAUAGAUAUGGGAGUUGAAAUAUUUGAUGAAUUUAGGUAUGGAAAGUUGCAUGGGGAAAAUCUUCAUAAGUAUGCUGAUAAUAAGGAUAUAUGAAAAUGAUCGUUAAUUCCUCUCCCCUUACAUAUUGAAGGUGCAAUUUAUCAUAUUGUAUUUGUAAUUUUUAAAAGCAGAAUGCUAUACAUUUGUAUUUGAAAAUUUUUAAUUAAUCAUCAUAUAUAAUAUAAUCUCUCUGAUUUAUUUAA